AUGGCGGUGUCCUCGCUGGAGCAGAAGCUGAAGCAGGAGAACCGGGAGGCCCGGCGGAAGAUCGACCUGAAGCUGGAGAUCAGCCCAGCCCGGCGGUACCAAGCAGAGAUCAAUGACCUGGAGAACCUAGGCGAGAUCGGCAGUGGGACGUGCGGUCAGGUGUGGAAGAUGCGGUUCAAGAAAACAGGACACAUCGUAGCCGUGAAGCAAAUGCGCCGCUCAGGUAACAAGGAGGAGAACAAGAGGAUCCUGAUGGACCUGGAUGUGGUGCUGAAAAGCCACGACUGCCCCUACAUUGUCCAGUGCUUCGGGACCUUCAUCACCAAUACAGACGUCUUCAUUGCCAUGGAGCUGAUGGGCACAUGUGCGGAGAAACUCAAGAAACGCAUCCAGGGGCCCAUCCCCGAGAGGAUCCUGGGGAAGAUGACGGUGGCGAUUGUCAAGGCGCUCUACUACCUGAAGGAGAAGCAUGGCAUCAUCCACCGAGACGUCAAACCCUCCAACAUUCUGCUAGACGAGAGGGGGCAGAUCAAGCUGUGUGACUUCGGGAUCAGCGGGAGGCUGGUGGACUCGAAGGCCAAGACCCGGAAUGCGGGCUGCACGGCGUACAUGGCGCCUGAAAGGAUAGACCCUCCUGAUCCCACCAAACCAGACUACGAUAUCUGAGCGGAUGUGUGGAGCCUGGGCAUCUCGCUGGUGAGUGAAGUCCCUUCUUUACUU